AUGAGGGGCAUUGAAGUCAAGGAAUAUGUCAAGGGCCCCGAGGAGUUGAAGGUCACUGACCUGCCCGACCCCACGCCCAAGAACGACGAGUAUCUCAUCCAGGUCCAUGCCGCGGCGACCAACUUUUUCGAUAUCCUGCAGAUCCAGGGCAAAUACCAAAACCAGCCUCCCUUCCCCUGGGUAGCAGGUGCCGAGUUCGCCGGCAUCGUCCUGAAGACACCAGCCGCCGCCAAGUCGCCCAAGUUCCCCGUCGGCUCGCGCGUCUUUGGCGCAACCCAGGGCGCCUUCGCCACAAAGUGUGUGGCCAAGGAGGUCUCUCUGCUGCCCGUACCCGAGGGCUGGUCCUUCCAGGCUGCCGCCGGCCUCUUCGUCACGGCCCCGACGAGCUACGGCGCCCUCGUCGUCCGUGCCGGCAUCAAGAAGGGCGACUACGUCCUCAUCCACGCAGCGGCCGGCGGUGUCGGUCUUGCUGCUGUGCAGGUCGCCAAGGCCUUCGGCGCAACCGUCAUCGCAACAGCCUCGACCCCGCGCAAGCGCGAAAUCGCCCUCUCCUACGGCGCCGACCACGCCAUCGACACGGCCUCCAAAGACUGGCCCCAGGCCGUCAAGGCCCUGACGCCCGGCAAGCGCGGCGUCGACAUAGUCUACGACCCCGUCGGCGCCGUCGACGCCUCGACAAAGUGCACCGCCUGGAACGGCCGCAUCCUCGUCGUCGGCUUCGCCGCCGGCCAGAUCGAAAAGGUCGCCAUGAACAAGGUCCUGCUCAAGAACAUCAGCCUCGUCGGCAUCCACUGGGGCCAGUACGCCAACCACGAGCCCCAGACCGUCGGCACCGUGUGGGACGGCAUCAUGCGGCUCGUCAAGGACGGCAAGAUGCGCGGCACCGAGUUCUCCGACGAGCGCUACGACGGCCUCGAGAGGGUGCCGGCUGCGCUGACGGCGCUCGGCAGCAGGGGGACCUGGGGCAAGGUUGUCGUCAAGGUGCCGCAGGAGGGGGGGCAGAAGAGCAAGCUGUAG